UUAAGACAAUUAAGGCUCGUUGAGGAGCGCAUUGUCCAGUGGUGUAAGAUACAUGGCACACGUUUGCAAUAUUACUUUAAGUCAAUGUGAUACAUAUUGAGAUAAAUUUCAACAUUAUUUUGGGAUAAUUAUACAAGUAAGGUUUCUAAGCAUCUGAUGCAAAAUGGCUACGAAAUUGAACGAUUUGGACACCAAUGACUUAGUGAACCUCUUUGAGACAUGGGAUAUGAAGGACUUUGUGGAUUUUAUAAAAGAAAGACGGAUUAAUGGAAGAAGUUUACUGGAUGUUUCCGAAGUCAUGGUGGAACUCUGGCGACCGAAUUGUAACGCUCAUAAAUUAAUGACCUUUAUUGAAGAUAUGGAAAAAGAUCCAAAGAAAUAUCUGAACCGACUGAAGAAUUAUGACGUCGUCAAAGUUAAGGAGACCAACCUGUGUAGUGAGAGUCAGUAUCAAACAGUGAGCGUCCGCAAAGUCAGUCAACAAGACAAUACAAGUCAUAAUACUGUUGAAGAAAUUCUAAAGAAGGUAACGGCUCCCAAAAGCUUCUUAUACAGACACGCGAAACGGCAGGAGAAGUCGCUCACUUCCUAUGUUCCUAUGGAUGCGGGAACGGAAAAGAAAUCUAGGAAAUUCUUUCGAUUGAGCUCUUAUGACUAUCCGAUAUUCGACCUUAAAAUACAAUUCCCUAAAGUCGAAAGUUGCACCGACAGAGGAUAUUAUUUUAUAAAGCCGUCUAACAAAAAUUGCGCUGCCGGAACCUGCAAAACCGGCGCUAAGCCUAAAUACAAAUCUCUAGUGAGCCAAGAAGAGCUGAACGAGAAACUGACGGAGGAUCAUUUAUAUGAAGAUUUAUGUUACAAUGAAAUAAAUGUUGACAAGAAAACAGAGGGAUUGCAACUCAAACCGUGUAUGGCUAAAAUACACGGGAUGUUGCAAUUGUUGAGGUUACCGUUUUUUAGGAAAUCAGAAGCCACUGUGGAAAAGGAUAGUCCGGAAAGAAAAUUCAGCAGAGAAAAAGAUAGAAAUGUGUAUGAAAAUAGCUCGAUGAAUAUGUACGACUCUAUACAUGUAGCAAGAGAGAGCGAAGAGAAGAAGAAGAGUGAUAAACAACACUCGAGUUUAGAAGUCGAGGAUUACUUGGAGCCGGUGCAAUUACACAAGGACUACUGCGACGUCUCUUUGAAGGAGAAAGAUGAUUCAUUCCUUAAUUACAUCUUGAACUACUUUGAAAGUCGACUUCGGAGACGUGAAACAAAUGACACCACUCUCUCUGAGAGUUCGGAGACGGAGCCGUCGGGAGAGCAUUGGGAGAGAACCGUCGACAUGGCCGCUCGACCGCUGCCGGUGCCUGUAGAGAACGAGCCUUACUACUUUAAUGUUGAUAGGAGUGAAGCGGAAAAUCUCCUAAUGGGACAGCCUGAUGGAACAUUUAUAUUGAGACCUUCGAGUCAGUCAAACCACGCUUACACGCUGACUGUAUCCUGUUCCAACUCGGUCCAUAACGUUGGUGUUCGUCGGCGACCUGAUGGCCGUCUGGCUUUGGGCUUCGCGAGGAAAGGAGAGAGAAGCUUCACCAGUGUGACAUCACUGUUACGACAUCACAAGAAGAGAAGGUUGCUUCUGGUCGCUGGAGGCGGCGUCAUUGGAGGCACUACAUUGAAUGAGACACCUCAGUACUACCAGGUUCCCAGCAAUAUUCCCGUAGUUUCUGAUGCGGGUAUUUCCCCUUGAUCUAUAGUAUCAAUAUACACAUACACACAGGUUGUAUCACUUAUAAUUCACUUGACUAUAAUUUAAUAUUUGUUUUUGUGGGAAAUUUUAAACUAGGUGAUUACAAAUAGAAGUAAUUGUUGAAACUUGUUACAUGUAAACUUUGUUAGCGAUAUAUUGAGAUUUUACGUUGAAUUAGUUUUCCCUUUUAUGGGGCAUUGACUAGUAGGGUACACAAAGAAGCUUACUGAUUCAAAGUUUAUCUGGAACAGACAGACAAACAAAACAGCUGGUCAAGUCGUCACCAAUUCUGUUUUGUCUUAAAGCAUAAAAUAUUUGAAUGUAUAUUUAAAUAAAUAAUCAGAUCGUACUGAAUAAACUUAUUAAAUACUUUUUAAUUUAAUAUAUGCAAUACCUUCACGAGGUCAUGUAAAUGUAUUAUUGAUAUAAUAAUAGAUGGUUUAGUUUUUAAUUUAUGAAUUAUAAAUAAAUUAUAAUAAAAGCACAA